ACUUGCCAACACUCAGCUGACGGAUGGCUUUGUGGAUCCGUGCCGUGUUUUUGGGGUUCUUGACCUUCGUGAGGACGGUCAACGGAGAAGAUGCUGUGGACUGUGUUCUGGGGGGCAGCUGCAUCUUACCGUGCAGCUUCCCCCCCGGAGGGGAAGUGGUCCUCUACUGGAUUCAGGUGGCAACGGGAAACACGAUCCACUACUUCUACAACAACCAGGACCAGGUGGAGCUGCAGGACCAGCACUUCAGAGGCCGGACGUCGCUGUUCAAGGACCAGAUCUCCAGGGGGAACGCCUCGCUCCGGCUGACGGGGGUGCAGAUUCAGGACCAAGGCCGAUACCGAUGCUACACCAGCAACAAGCCCGGCACCAAGGAGUCCUUUUCCAACUUGAACGUAUACGCUCCGGUGCGUAAAGUCGACAUUCGGCAGCUGGAGAACAGGAUCACCUGCAGCUCAGAGGGGAUCUACCCUGAACCUACGCUCACCUGGACCACCAAGCCUCCGUUUAACGAGACCCUCCAGAACCAAACCACAGUCCAGCAGACUGAGCAGCAGCUCUACAGCAUCAGCAGCUUUCUGGUGGCUUCGGCUCCCGGUCUGGACUACAGCUGCACCGUCAGCACUCGAGUGAGCCAGAGGAGAGCCACGUGGUCUCUACCCACCAACAUCAGUGGCUCACGCACUGAAACAACGAUCCGCUGCAGGUCCUCAGAAGGUCCUCCAACAGGCCUCAUCUGGAGGUUCAACCACAGUCAGAUCAUCCUGAACCAGACCGGGACCGACUACACGACCUCAGAGGACUGGAAGAAGCAUGUGAAGAGCAGUUCUGAGUCAGGGAUCCUCACGCUAAAGGACUUAUCUUCAAGUCAGGAGGGCAUUUACAGCUGUGAGCUCAGUGACGCUGAGGAGACCUACAGCAGCUUCUUUCUGAGGCUGGAGGGAAGUCCAGACAGUCACAAUAAUGUUGCAGAAAUUGCAGGCUGGGUGAUUGUAGUCUUUGUGGUUUGUGGAUUAAUCGCAGCAGCAAUCUUUAAGUUGAAAUAUAAAAAGAGAAAGAAGAAUUCACAACCCAACGGUCAAACCUCUGAAGAACAUGAGAUGAAUCCACUAAAUGGACAAAAGACGGAGGAAGAUAAAUAAUGUGACACCCGGCGGUAUGAAGAGAAUGUAAACAAGAGGUCUGGAGCCAAAUGAAGAGACAAACAUCUCCACUUGGGGAUCGAAGCAUGAAGUUACACUUGAAGCUCUGAUUUACUGCACUGAGAGCAUGAACUUGAAGGCAGCAUUCAGACACCAGCGAGGCCUUCUGUUGGUGCUCUUUAAACGUCCUCAUCACUAAGUGUUAUGAAGGACACUUGAAGGACAAAGACCUGCUCACUGCUCCCUGAACGCUUCAUAAAUAUAUAUUUUUUUCCAUUUCAUGAUUUCAGGGCCUUUGAAGGAUCAGUGACUUCCAUACUUCUGUAUAACUUUGCAGCUAAACGACGCAUUUCCUCAUUUCUGCUGUUGGAGAUACGGUUUUUACACGAAAACACACUUUUCUCUUUUUAUUAUUGUAUUUGUGUUUUUAUUAUUGUUUGUUUUUGGUUUUUUUGUGUCUGUUUUUGUUUGUGUCAUCAAUUGUGAUUCUUCCACACUUUGUUACUUAUUUAGUCUUCAUAAAUUAUAAUGAGCCUACAAGAAAACCUGAAGCAGUAUUUUCUCGUAUUCUCACCAGCUAAAAAAAUAAAAUAAAAUCGUAUUAAUUUGUCUUUAAAUUCA